ACGCUGCAGUAUUUCCACACUGCGUCCUCUCAAGUUCCAAACUUCCCAGCGUAUGUGAGUGUUGGUUAUGUUGAUGGAGUUGAGAUUAGUUACUAUGACAGCAACAUCAGGAAAACAGAAUCCAAACAGGGCUGGAUGAACAAAAUCACAGCAGAGGAUCCAAAAUACUGGCAGAGACAAACAGAGAUCAGUGUUGGUAAUGAGUUUACUGACAAACAAAGCCUUGAAGUUCUUAAGAAGCGUUUCAACCAAACUGGAGGUGUUCACAUUUUCCAGUGGAUGUCAGGAUGUGAAUGGAAUGAUGAGACUGAUGAGGUUAAAGGUUGGCGUCAGGAAGGUUAUGAUGGAGAAGAUUACAUAUCGUUGGACAUGAAGACAUGGACAUAUACUGCAGCAAAACCACAAGCUUUCCCCGACAAACUCAAGUGGGACCAAGAAAAAUUUAGACUAGAACACCAUAAGUAUUAUUUCACUGAGCAUUGUCCUUCUUACUUGAAGAAGCAUGUGAAGAAUGGGAAGAAGUUCCUAAUG